AUGACAGUAGACACGGCUGCUAUACCUGAAAAUAAGAAAACGAAUCCUGCCAUCACGAAACGAGAUCGACGUGACGUGAUACGGCAGAUCCGUGAAAUUACUGGUCUUGAGGAUGAUUUUAUAAAUCAAACAAUUGAAUUAUGCAAAGAUGAUACUGGACGAUAUUCACUUGAUCAAGUGAUUAAUUUAUUAUUUGACGAUACGCUUCGAAAUAGUCUUCAAUCAACAUCUCCACAAUCUACUAACGAUAAUAAUAACAAUAAUAAUAAUAGUAGUCAAUAUCAUCAUAAUCAAAAUACAUCUGCCCAAGCUCCUCUUGCUGCUGCUGCUGCUGCUUCAACCCCGAAAGCAUCUGAUCAAAAUCAUGGAGAUUCUAUCACAGAUGAUGUGAUUGAAAUAUCACCCGAACAUGAUAAUCAACAAUCAGUUGAUGAUGAUUUAGAACGUGCAUUACAAUUAUCACGUGAAACAGUCGAACAAAUCAUCGACGAAUCCGAUAUAGCUGAAAGAAAAUCACUUGAUGAGCCAGCUGGAUUGAAAAAUAUUGGAAAUACCUGUUGGUUUAAUUCAAUAGUUCAAGCAGUUUAUACAUUACCGUAUUUUCGUGAACUUAUAUUGAACUUUCGACAUGCAAUAACGAGUCGUGAAUUGAAUGAAAGUGAAAAACAAGCUAUUUGCUUUACUGAAGAAUUACGAAAUUUAUUUAUUUUAAUGUUAAAAUCACCGCGUCGUUCAAUCAAUCCUGAUCGUGCAAUAAAAAAAUUUAAAAACACACGAAAAUUAUCCGGAGCUGACUUUUCCCAUGAAGAUUGUUCAGAAUUUGCUACACAUCUAAUUGAUCUCAUUGAACUCGCAUAUGAAACAAUUGGAAAAAACUCAAUGAAUAUUGAUAAUACAACCAUAUCGACGAAUUUUAUUAAUCCUAUUAAUACAUUUGUUACAGGAGAAGUUAUUGUUGAAAGAAAUGAAAAUAAUUCGAUUCAUGAAGCAUUAAGACAAAUUAAUAUUCAAAUGAUUGAUUCAAGUAAUCUCUAUGAUGGUCUUGAAGCUCUUUGGCUUGGCUCAGCAGAUGAAAGUCUUUCAAGUCAACAAGCUAUUAUUGAACAAAGGUGGCUCACACGCCUACCGCCAGUUUUAUUUAUUUGUCUUAAUCGUUAUCGUUUUUCACAAGCAACAAAACAAGCAUCUAAAAUAAUCGCAUCGUUCGAAUUUUAUCCAGAACUUUAUCUUGAUCGUUAUAUGUUAAUUAAUAAAAAUCUUGUUCUAAAUAAAAGAAAUAUUGCUCGAAGACUUUAUGUUCAAUUGCACGAAUUGGAAAAAAAACUGAACAGUUACUUGAAACAUCCAUGUAAUAACGAAUCAUUUUCGCUUGCAAAUGCUAUUCGAGUUGUUUAUGAGUAUGCAACUGGUUGUCGACUUAAUCCAGCAAUACCUAGAAGAAGUGAUUCGACAUCAUUUGAUCAGGCAACAUUAAAUCGUUCGCGACAACAUACUACUAUACCGAUACAAGCAUCACAUGUAUCGAGUGAAGAACUUCAAUUUAUUCAAAAUACAUUGCCAGCAUGGUUAACUGAAAUUGAAGCUAAAUGUGCAAAUAUUCGUGAAGAAAUUCGACGUUUAAAAAGCGAACUAAAACAAUUAUAUAAUGAAUCUCAAUUGAAACAAGUUCGAUAUACAUUGCAUGCUGUUUGUGUUCAUGAAGGCAGUGCAACACUUGGACAUUUUUGGACCUAUGUUUAUCAUAAAGAUCGACACAAAUGGUAUCGAUAUAAUGAUAAUGAAGUAACUGAAAGUAAAUGGAGUGAUGUAUUCGAAGAUGCUAUAGGUGGUCAACGAACAUCUAAUGAUCGCGAAGCACCACGUGCACCUAGUGCUUAUUUAUUAGUUUAUAUCAAUGCAGAACAGAAAUCUGUAUCUAAUGGUGCUUAUUCUGAAUUGACCACUGAUAUUCAACGAGUUCUAGAUGAUGAUUUAAAUCUAUUACAACAACAAAUAGAAACUGUUAAACUCGAUAAAAUUUAUAAUGAUCUUAAAACACAAUGUGACCGUAUUGAAAAUUCUCAACCAAUACAUAAAGUUUUGAAUCUUCCAUUUUUCUCUGGACCAACUCCUCCUUGCGAUUCGGAAAUAGUUAAACAAGUGAUUGAUUCAACAAUUCGGGUUUUAAAGGCCCAUGAAACAAAAGUUCUUUCAAAUGAUCUGAAUGGUUUACUCCAAGAAAUUGUUGAUAAAGAAAUAAGAAAUUAUUCACCAACAGCUAAUAUUAUCACGUCAACAUUACCACACAACGAGUAUCGUUUACAACAUGUUCUUUCAUAUUUUUCAGUCAAUCGCAUUGAAAUGAUCUAUCGACAACGUGUUAUGUAUGAUAUUAUACGUCUUUUACCUGUUUCAAACGAUGAUAUCCGAUUGAAAGUAUUCAAAUUACAGGCGACAAUUAUUUGUAAUAGUAUGAAAAUGUCAAACGAUGAAGUGCAAGAAUAUCAAAAAAUAUUAGGCGAUUAUAAAGAUUUUCGAUCUGUUAUUGCUGCUUUUCUUGUCGGUUAUCAAUUAAUGAACGAAAAUAAAUUUGAUGAAGCCAUAACAUAUUUUUGUGUUGCUUGUGAAUAUAAUUUACGUCUGUCAAAACAAAAUCUAUUGCCAAUGCGUGCUAUGGAUAAUCAUGUUUUAUUCAAAACACGAAGAUUAUGUUUUGAAAAAUGGAACGAUCUUGUAUUAAAUCGUUUUAAAACUAUUCCGGAUUAUCGUCUAGAUAUAAUGAUACAUCAAUUUCUUCCAUGUUUAAUGCAGCUUAAACUCAGUUCUGACGAUGAUCGAGUAUAUAUAUCAGAAAUUCAACGUAUUUGGUGUUUAUUACUCGAUAAACUUGAACAUAACGAACAUUCAAUUUUACUUGAAGAAUUUCUUCAACGUUUACUUGAGCAACCAGUUGGUCAACAUUAUCAUUCUGUCUCAAUAAAUAAACAUCAAUUACUUGAACGAUAUGAAGAAACUAUUCAAGAUAUAAUUCAUCGAUAUCCAUCAUUUUUUACUCAUAAGACUGAGCAACAAUCUCCUAUACGAUCAAAUCGUACUACAAAUUUAAUUGGAUCUAUUCCAAUUCCGAUUGUCAUAUCUCAACAACAACAACAGCAGCAGCAACAACAACAACAGCAACAACAACAUAGAUCUGUUCACCAACAUCGAUCAAACAAACGUGGAUCAUCACCAAUGCAGCAAGAUGAUGAUGAACACGACUCACGACCCCCACCUUCGUCUUCAUAG